GUGACGUCACUCGAGCGCCAGCGUCCGCGGACUCAAAAGCCAUGGCGGACGUUAUGAAUGUUGGAGUGAAUUUAGAAGCGUUUUCUCAAGCGAUUAAUGCCAUCCAGGCUCUUCGAUCGAGUGUCACCAGGGUGUUCGAUUCUCUUAAAGAUGGGAUGAAAAAUAAGGAGACCCUUGAAGGGCGGGAGAAGGUCUUUAUAACUGAAUUCCAAGAUAACCUACAGUCAGUCAAUCGCGAUUUAAAUGAAUUGGAGCGUCUCAGUACUUUGGUUGGCAGGCCGUCAGAGAGUCACCCCUUACACAACAGUGGACUGCUCAGUUUAGACCCCGUUCAGGACAAAACACCUCUCUACAGCCAGCUGCUCCAGGCUUACAAAUGGUCCAAUAAAUUACAGUACCAUGCAGGUCUGGCCUCCAGUCUUCUAAACCAACAGUCACUCAAACGCUCAGCCAAUCAGAUGGGAACAUCUGCCAAAAGAAGACCCAAACUUCAGCCCAGCACUCUAUCCCUUCCAACACAAUAUGUUGAUGAUGUCAUAUCCAGAAUUGGACGAAUGUUUCCAGAUAUGUCAAUCGAACUUUUCCGGCCAAAUGGGACAUCGGCAGUUAUCUUGGUCACCCUGGGGAAGGUUUUGAAAGCCAUUGUGGUCAUGAGGAGCCUUUUUAUUGACCGCACGAUUGUCAGAGGUUAUCAUGAGAAUGUAUACUCAGAGGACGGAAAGCUUGACAUCUGGUCAAAGUCCAACUAUCAGGCAUUUCAAAAGGUCACUGAUCAUGCAACCACAGCCCUGCUGCAUUACCAGCUCCCCCAGAUGCCUGAUGUUGUAGUUCGCUCCUUCAUGACCUGGUUGAGGAGCUACAUCAAGCUAUUCCAGACCCCGUGUCAGCGCUGUGGCAAGUACCUGCAGGAGGGCCUUCCUCCAACAUGGAGGGACUUCCGAACUCUUGAGGCCUUCCAUGACACCUGCAGGCAGUGACGCUGUCCUGGAGCACACAAUAUUCCAUGGCUUGGCUUGGAAAACUCUUAAGAUUCAGUGGUCUGUUAUUGUGCAGAUAUCUGUGUUGUGGACAGUUUUGUAUAUAUCAUAAAGACAUUUUUCAGCCUAUUGAUUUCUGCAGCUUUGCUCCAUCCUCUUUUAGAAGAACAUUAUUUUCCAUAUUGAUAUCACAAAUUUUUAUCACAUUUGUCAGGAGAAAUUGUUAAAUGCUGAUGGGUUUCAGAUCAUAAAUGGCUAGGAGGUUAUCUUCCACAAAUAGGUCAUAAUCUUUAAUGUUGUAGGUUGGGACAUGCUGUCUGAUUGGAUGAAAAUUGUAUCCAUUUUUUACCUUUAAAUAAACUGCAUUUUGCUUUUCUUGUCCCACA